GCGAAACGCGCGCGCAGAUAGUGGUCCCCUCCGCGCUGCCGCGUCACGGUGACCUGUCGCCGGCAGUGGGCUCACGGACUUCGCCGAAGACACACACUCGCCGAUAAGGACCACCAUGAGAGCAUCGUUGCUGACUUGCGCGGCCCUCAUAGUCUGCUGCUGCUGGCCGGCUGGUGCCCAGGACGAUACAACGGACGCACCGAAAGUUGCCACUGACGAACCUCCACCUGCCACGACUCCACCUCCGCCACCGCCGCCACCGGGCAUCAACCCGAACCACUCAUAUUAUCCGCCUAGCUAUAAACCUCACUCGGGGGGCUAUAACCCCAAUGGGCACUGGAACCGCUACCCAAGCCAGGGCAACUAUCCUCACUCCUGGUCGUAUCGUCCUCCAGCCUAUCACCCGCCCCCUACCACGUAUGAGUGGUGGAGGCAGUUCAGCAGAAGGCCUUCGUUCGAGCAUGGUGGCACGAACGGUGGUACUGGAGGCUACGGCUAUGGCUACUGGCCCUCAGCUGGCUCCGGCUACAUGCAACCGUACUACGGCAGCAGCUGGUGGCAGCCUUACUACGUGGCCGUUGGUUACUAUAGGCGAAGUAGCUACCCACCUCAAACAAGUACUAGCUACCCCAGCUAUGGCGGACACUAUGGAGGACACUACGGCGGUCAUGGCUAUAGCGCUGGUUACCCCUCCGUUAGCGGCUAUGACAAGUUUGGCUACCCAUACUACAGGAGUGGCUAUUACGGAGGUGGAUUGUACGGCGGGCACAGCGGUUACGGAGGAGGCUACCCUCGCUCUUAUGGCUGCUAUACAAGCGGUUGUGGAACCUAUGCAUCGUCUUAUCCGUACCAGGGAAGUUAUCCGAACAUUGGUGGUUACCCUUCCACAGGGGGUAGCUAUGGCCGUUACCCAUACUAUAACAGCUACGGAACCUAUCCUUACAACGGUGGGGGCUAUGGGGGGUCACCGUACUAUGGAGGUGGACAUUAUAACUACGGCUUUGGUUAUGGCUCAUACUACCCAAGUGGUGGUGGCCAAACAGUUCACCCCUCCUACCCUUCUGGCUACUACAGCCCCCAAAGCUACGGAUACGGCUACGGCUAUGGGUAUCCAUAUUAUAAUCAAGGUAGCGGCUACAGCAACGGUUACGGAGGAUAUUCUACUGGAAAAUACUCCGGUGGUGGCUCGUACCCGUACGAUUAUUACGGUGCUUAUAACCGCUACUACCCGGACUAUCAUCGCCAUUAUAACUAUCCAGGAAUGACUCGCGGCUGGUAUGAUUGUACUUACUAUCCAACAGCGGUCAAUAAGGGUACGCUGUCUCAGGAUCCGAAAGUAAGACAAAAAGUUGACCUUACCAAACAGAAUACGGAAAAAAUAAAGAGGACACUUACGCGACGAUCUGUCCGUGAGUUGCUGAAAAGCUCCGAAUACACAGGCCCAGAGACCAGAAGGGCCAACAGCCGUGGCCCGAUGCUAGACCUUUCGAAUGAUGGUCUUGUGAGUGGUAUCUCACUUCUAUCUCAAGACGCUGCAGCAAAAAAGGACACUGCCACCAGCCUGUUUAAACCAACGGAGAAUGCGAGGUCAUUUGCCAAGGGAGGGGAACCAAACGAGAGCGACCAAUACAUCACGCCGGAAAUGGUAGAACGCUUUGGGAGGAGGCUGACGGCCAUGGAUCGCGUGUUCGAGGAGUUGCUGAAGCUAAAGGACAUGCGGGGCGAUGGCGACUACUUCAUGAGACGUGUGCGGAUGUACCGCAGACUUCUCAACCAGGUGCAGAGUGGCACGGGAAUCGGUGCGUCGCCAAAUGGUUUCGAUUCGCAAGACGUGUUGCGACGGUUAAAGACGCUCGAGAACGAGCUGGACGAUCACCGCAGGAGGGCCCUGCGAACUCUUUACCACGCCUUGAUUGAUGCGGACCUGACGGUGUCGGACAAGCUGAAAGUGCUCGCAACUGUGUACAAUUUCGCCAAAGGAGACAUGAGUGACGAAAGCGACGAGGGAGUCGAAACUAUAGAAAGAAGCGUGAUUUCAUCAGAGGCUGAUCCUGUUAAGACCUCUGAGAAUGGCAGCUCGGCCAGAGAUGCGGAAUCGAAGAAGUUUUACGAUAACCUCGAGAAGCUUUUGGAUUUCACACGGACGGUGGAGCCAUCAACGUUCGACGAAGAAAGCGAAAGAAAGUCGGGCACUAGGUCUGGGUCUCCGAAGUCCUUGUCAAACAGUCUGGAAUCUUCAAGCUCAGAGUCAUCGAGUUCAGAGUCUGACAGCUCUGGUGACCGGACAAAGUUUGAAAUCAAAGGCUCAGUCAGGUUAGCGCUUGAUGUGGAAGGAAAGACUGGCUUUGGCACCGACAGCAUUGGUAACCUCAUGAAGGCAGUUCUGUCCUAAAAGCUCAAUUUCCAUGCGUAUGCGCUACCUUUUUCAAAUAAAGCUCAUUCGCUUA